AUGCCUCCCAGAAAGCGCAAAGCCCAAGACGCUGAGUUAGCGGAGCCAUCUUCCAAGAAACGAAAGUCUUCUCCUCCUCCGGUCAAAGUUUGGGGAACCGCAGAAAACCCUGCAAAUGCUGGCAAGGCGUUCCUCUCCAUCCCUAUGGAGCUCACAACAGAAAUCUUGAGCUACUUUCCUGCAAUCGACGCGCACACCGGUAUUCGCCACGGAGAGGACGACCCAGUACUACCAGUCGUAUACCUGCAACGCCCAGAUAUCCUUCGCGCGCUAUCCCAGACAUGUGCAGCCUAUCGACGCGUUUUCCUACCGCUGGCAUGGGAGAACUUGGACGUCUGUGUCGGACCAAGGGUCAAAAGCGCUUUUUUCAAACACGCCGGCGAAACUCUCGAACGCAAGUCGAAUGGAUUGUUAGAAAACAAGGAUUUAGCAAAAUACGUUGGGGUAGCUAAUUUGGUAUUGACGCGUUAUCAAACCAAUGUCGUCCUCCCACCAUUAACAGCUUGUCUUCAAUCGUUACCUAACCUGCACACUAUACAUGUGCUCCACGCUCAUACGCAGAUGACGACGGCCAUUAAAGACGCGUUUGAAGGCAUCGUGCUACCCCAUGUUCGAACGGUGAUUGUUCCUGGCUAUGGACACGAACUCUUGAAGUGUUGCCCAGGAGUGAGGUCUGUCCGUUGCAUUCGUGAUGAUGGAAGUAAGCUUGUCACCGUCAUUGUGAAACAUUGCAUUGUGAAGGCGGCGCCAAAUCUAACAACCAUAGAACUUAGAUGGGGGACGGGUGAUGCGACGAUCAAGAUGCUCUCUGGCCUCAAGAAGUUGACCACUAUUGAAAUAUUUACGAGGAUCAACAAAGGCGAUGCUUACCCCGAAGAUCUACAAAAGAACAUUAAUGGUUGCAAAGCAAUAUUAAAAGCGCCCCAAGCAUCCGAGGAGAGGAAAUACCUGCGCCUGACCCACGUUCCACUGGAGAGACGGAAUGAUACAUCUAAUAGGCCUGACAUCACGUAUAGCCAUAUCAAGUGCGAUGCCAAUUUUGCUCUUGGCAUUCCACCGCUCACCAUAAAUACAAUCAUGCCUCCCAAAAAGCGCAAAGCCCAAGACGCCGAGUUAGCAGAGCCAUCUUCGAAGGAACGAAAGUCGUCUAUUCUUCCACUCGAGGUUUGUGGAACCGCAGAAAACCCUACGAAUGCUGGCAAGGCGUUCCUCUCCAUCCCUACUAUGGAGCUCACAACAGAAAUCUUGAGUCAUUUUCCCGCAAUUGACGCGCACACCAGUAUUUGCUAUGGAGAAGACGACUCAGUACUACCAGUGUUAUACUUGCAACGCCCAGAUAUCCUCCGCGCGCUGUCCCAGACAUGUGUAGCCUUUCGACGCAUUUUCUUACCGCUGGCUUGGGAGAACUUCGACGAAUGUGUUGCACCAAGGGUCAAAUCCGCUUUUUUCAACCACGCCGGCGAAACGCUCGAACGCAAGUCGAAUGGAUUGUUAGAAAACAAGGAUUUGGCAAAAUACGUUGGGGUAGCUAAUUUGGUAUUGAGGCGCUAUCAAACUGAUGUCAUCCUCCCGGCAUUAACAGCUUGUCUUCAAUCGUUACCUAAUCUACACACUAUACAUGUGCUCCACGCUGAUACGCAGAUGACGACGGCCAUUAAAGAGGCGUUUCAAAACAUUGUGCUACCCCAUGUUCGAACAGUGAUUGUUCCCGGCUAUCGACACGAACUCUUGAAGUGUUGCCCAGGAGUGAGGUCUGUCCGUUGCAUUCGUGAUGAUGGAAGUAAGCUUGUCACCGUCAUUGCGAAACAUUGCAUUGUGAAGGCGGCGCCCAAUCUAACAACUAUAGAACUUUCAGUGUGGAGGGAUGCGGCGAUUGGGCUUCUCUUUGUCCUCAAGAAGUUGACCACUAUUGAAAUAUUGACGAUGAUCAGCCCAGGCGAUGCUUACCCCCAAGUUCUCCAAAAGAGACUCGAUGAUUCCAAAGCAAUAUUGAAAGCGCCCCAAGCAUCCGAAGAGAGGAAAUACCUGCGCCUGACCCACGUUCCUUACAGGAGAGCCGGAAUAAUACAUUGA